AUGGAUCAAGCGCCUAUACUUCCUUCCAGUUUACAAUCUUCAAGCUCGCAACCCUUUGUUGCUGAAAUUGCGCCUGCAGCGGAGUCGUCUCGCACAGCUUCUCGGCCCUCCAGCAGUCAAAUAUAUGAAGUACGCAUAAACGCAUCGACGAAUUCAUUUCAGAGUCGCCCAAUCUCUGAACUCCAGAGCUCAACUGUCCUUAUUCCCAGCAUUGCGUCGACUUCGAGUGCGCCUCAGGAGGACCAAACAAACAGAGAAAACCCGUUUCCUAUCGAUCACAUACAGGCACCGCGACCUGCCUCUGUAUCCCGUUCCAUUCUAAUCACCCCCGACAAGACCAUUCUCGGAUCCUUCCGACGGAUUCACACUCGUACUGGCGACAGUACUUCGACCUCAUCUCCUUCAGAUGGCGACGUAGUAUCCAGGAACCCACCCAUCAUUGCAGGGAUCAUCCUUCUUGGGGUUGUCUUCAUCGCAGCAGUGGGGUCCUUGGCGUCAUGGAUUGUACGCGCUCGAAGACGACAGCGUAACCAUCGCCUCGCUAGUCUUGGUCUAGAGAACGAGUCAACUGGGAAUCCUUUCGACAACUUGCAAGAGUCUGAAGCAUCUCGGGAGAAGCUAUGUGGUGAGCGCAAUGCAUUCAAGUUGCCAUCUCCAGGUGCGGCUCGGACGCCAUCCUUUACGGUGCAAGGUCUUGGUAAUAGAUCAUUACAAGAGCACGAAGGGCCGUAUCCAUCGUCAUUCCGAAUAGCAAAUGGCACCGGUCUUCCAUUUGGCCUCCGCAAAUCUCGAGAUGCAGCCGCAAUACCACGCCAAAACGAGAACUUUGGAGUCCCCAGAGAUUAUGUCCCACGCUUUCUAGCAUUGGAAGGACAAGGAUUGGACCAUCCAUGGAUGCAGCGCCCAUUUCCACUUACACAGGAACCUUUCCCUAUCCUUCCAACACCUCGUACUCGUUCCCCUGUAAGCGCACUUCCCGCCCGUCGAUCGUCCAAAGAUCCGAUUCACUCGACGUGGGCAAUCAGCCUUCGAAGUACUCUGAGCUCCGCACUAGAAGCAGCCAGACAGGCCGCAGGUCAACGCACACCAGCGGCUACGACUCCAUCCAGCUCUGCGGGACCCUCUCGUCGCUCGACUAUGCCAAUGUACAAUGACGUGUUCACACCCAUGGCUCUUCGACCUGCCAGAAUGUCAAUGAGCAGAGGCCUUCCGAGAAGGGACACGACCGAAGGAUGCGAGCUCGCCUUCGCCUCUCCAGUUCGAUCCAAGACGUUGAAUUCUCAGAGUACAGGCAAAUUUACCUCGACAUCUGCGGCAUUAUCUCGUCGUCCUAGUGCCUUUACUCGUGUAUCGCGUCUGGAGCGAAGUGCGUCUAGGCGAACGUCAAACACACCGGAAUGGCCAACUGCGUAUAGCUCUGGGCUUCAAGCACGCCCGUCCGCUCUUUCAGCCAGAUCUAGAUCUCGCUCUGUCUCAGGUUCUAGCGUGUCUGAGAUGGGUGGCGAAGCUCGCUGGCGCGACUAG